AUGGCUCCCGUCCCCGUCCAGGUCGCCGACUCGGCCGUUUCGAGCCCCUUCCCCCAGAGCCCCAAGACCACCGGCCCCCCCGUCGACCAGACCAACUUUCUGAGCGACCGCGCGCGUACCACCGAAAUCGACGGCAUUCGUGGUCUCCUCCCUCUCGAGACCCCCGAUGUCGUCUCCUUCCUCGCCGGCAAGCCCAACCCGGCCACCUUCCCCUUUGGCUCCAUUACCCUCAACCUCAAGCCGUCCAUCUCUGGCCGCCCUGCCGAGUCUAUCACUCUGGACGGCGCGGACCUCGACCACGCGCUGCAGUAUGGCCCCUCGGCUGGUCUGACCAGCCUCCGCAACUGGCUCACCGCGCUGCAGGAGCGUGUCCACAAGCGCACGCCUGGAAACUGGACCGUGUCCCUGGGUUCUGGUUCGCAGGACCUCAUGACCAAGUGCUUCUCGGCCGUCCUCAACCCCGGAGACCCGAUCCUCGUCGAGACCCCCGUGUACUCGGGUGUUCUCCCGGCUCUGCGCCUUCUGAAUGCGGACAUGAUUGAGGUCGAUGUCGACGACCAGGGUCUGUCUGCCACCCGCCUCGCUGAGAUUCUCGACAGCUGGCCCGCCGACAAGAAGAAGCCCCGUGUCAUCUACUCGACCCCCGUCGGCUGCAACCCUUCGGGCUGCUCGGCUAGCCCUCAGCGCAAGCUCGAUGUGCUCCAGGUCAUGCAGAAGCACAACCUCCUCAUGAUGGAGGACGACCCUUACUACUACCUCACCACGCCCCUCAUCCCCUCGUACUUUGAGCUCGAGACCCAGGUCUUCCCCAACGCCGGCCACGUCGUUCGCUUCGACUCGUUCUCCAAGCUCCUCUCGGGCGGCAUGCGUCUCGGCUACGCCACGGGCCCCAAGGAGAUCCUCCACGCCAUCGACGUCAACACCGCCGGCGCCAACCUGCACACCUCGGCGCUGACGCAGGGCAUCGCCGGCAGCCUGCUCCAGCACUGGGGCCAGGACGGCUUCCUCGCGCACUCGGAGGCCGUGUCGGCAUUCUACAAGGAGAGGAGGGACGUGUUCGAGGCCGCCGCGCACAAGUACCUCGACGGCCUGGCGACGUGGGUGUCGCCCGUCGCCGGGAUGUUCCUCUGGAUCGACAUGAGCCCCGCGGGCAUCACCGACUCGUACUCGCUCAUCCGCACCGAGGCGCUCGCCAAGGGCGUGCUCGCCGUCCCCGGCCAGAGCUUCUACCCGUCCAACAGGAAGAGCCCGCACGUGCGCGUCUCGUUCUCCAUCAUCGACCUCGAGACCAAGGCCCCCGAGGGCUUUGCGCGUCUCGCCGAGGCCAUCAAGGACAAGCGCAAGGAGCUUGGCCUCGAGUAG